CUCGUCAAGAGACUUGAGCGGACGGUCCUUCGAGCGUCGUCACUUUCUGUCUCAGACUCCACAAGAGAAGGCGCGCGAUCAGCCUGCCAAACGAGCGCACAGACGGUCAUUCCCAAAGACUUUACCGCAAACCCAUCUUUUCCCCGCCAACAUGAUUGCGCAACAACAUCAUUUGACACUCUAUUCAAUGUGGGCUUCCAGCUGCGCGCAGCGCUUAUGGAUAGCUUUGCACUACAAAGGCUUGGAGUAUGAUUUGAUACCCGUCGAUCUGGUCAAGGACGAGCACCUUGGCUCAGCAUACGUGGAGAACAUCAGUGCCCACAAGACGGUUCCCGUGCUCAAGGUGGAUCUGACGGGCUCAUCCCCCUCAGACUCUCCACUCAUUCUGCGUCAAUCACUGACGGCCCUGCACUGGCUUGAGGAUGCCUACCCGGCUCGACCGAGUCUCCUGCCUGCUUGGCAGACGGAUCCCCUCAAACGCGCUCACGUCGAAGACCUAGUCAAUCUCAUGGCUGUCGACAUUCAGCCUGUCACCAAUCGUCGCGUGGCAUUGAGAGCAGAGGCAAUGGGAGCGACGUACGAGCAGUGGGUCUCUGAGAUUUGCGCUGGCGGCUUCGACAGCUACGAGCGUCUCGUGGCGAAAAGCGCCGGCAAAUAUUCGGUCGGUGACGAGAUCACCCUUGCAGACGUAGUGCUGUAUGCUCAGGUGGACUUGGCGGUCGGGGCCGCCAAGAUGUCCAUCGACGCAUACCCGACCAUUUCGCGCAUCUUUGACAAUCUCAAACAGCACCCUUCAUUCGCUCAAGCUGAGAAGCGCAAGCAACCCGAUGCGCCCGCUCAAAGGGCUGCAGCGGCAAAGAGCUAGAGUCGAUGGUCCUCGUCGUUUUUGCUCGUGCAUGCGCCCACUUUGGGCACCUGCGAUUUCCCCUCUCAAAACUUUUGCACAUGAUGUAUUUCGGACGGAUGUCUUUUGGCGACUCGGUCCGCGAGCGUCUCGUCAGCCCGUGUAGUUGAGCAUUACUGGUAGAACUUGAGCCUAGGCGUGCGCAAAGGAGGUGUGAGCUUCUGAGAUCUUUAUAACGAGAGCGUGCCUCGCAUCUUUACUUACAAGUCGUUGACAUCAUCUUUGGAGCCGAGGAAGACACCGCAACGCUCGUGGAUGGUUUUGGGCUGGAUCUCGAGGAUACGCUUUGUGCCAGUCGUAGCAACACCUCCAGCU